AUGUGCGACAAGAUCAAAACCUGGCUUUCCCACGUCGCAAAAACCCAUCAAUUUGAGUACAAAAUUUGUGGUAAAAGUGGCAAAGAUGAGGGCUACAUGGGUGACAUAACCUUCGUCACAAUCACAAGCCCCAAAACCCUCGACCUUGUGAUCAAAUCAUCGAAAAACAGUCCCAUUUUGCGACACCAAACGCCCAUGAAACUGACCUUCGAGAAAGAAAUCUUCAUUUAUGAGCAAGUCUUGCCCACAUUUCGUGACCUUGAGGCAAAAACCGGCGAGAAUUUGCUCGAUUUCAUGCCUUUUUGUCACUUUACCCAAAUUGAGGACUCGGGGGAAGUCCUAAUUUUGGAGAACUUGAAAAAACAAGGUUUUGAAGUGUGUGACAGGACCAAGGUUUUGGGUUUUGGGCAUGUUAGACUCGUCUUGGAGGCAUAUGGUAAAUGGCAUGCCUUUUCCUAUGCCCUUAGGACUCGAAAAAGGCCAAUUUUCGAUCAAUUGACCCGAAAUAACAUCAACAUGUUUUGUCAUUUUAUCCUUGCAGUGGACUUGGUUGGCGUCAUGUGGGAGGACUACACCGAGGCCAAAAACGCCUGUUUUGGCCACAAGUCCGAAUUGGACUUGUCGAAACAGGACGCUACGUCCAUUUUCACACAACUUUUCGCCGAAGAACAAGAUUUUCAGGUUAUUGUUCAUGGCGAUUGUUGGAACAAUAAUUUCAUGUUCAGAGAAGAGAACAAUAAACCAGUGAGUGUGCGAAUUUUGGACUGGCAAUGUUCAGGUUUGGCCUCGCCUGUUAUGGACUUGUCCCAUUUUAUCUACGGCUGUUGUGACACUGAAACGCAUCCAAAUGUGMGGGAAUUUUUACGGAUUUACRACCGGAGUUUGGGGUCGUGUUUGAGGAGUUUGGGGUGCGAUGUGGAGGAGGUUUUCCCUUAUGGAAAAUUGGUGGAACAUUGGGGGAAAUUCGCACGGUAUGGACUAUUCCUCCAACCUUGGGUUGUAAAAUACUCGAUUUGUGAAUCAAGCGAGGCGCCGGAUUUCGUGGAGGCGGCAGAAGGAGGAAAAGAGUUUUUGGACAAUUUCAAUAUUGCGAUUUCGGACAAGGAGGAGUUUUAUCGGAGGGUCAAGAACAAUUUUUUACACUAUUUACGCAAUUUGUAGGAAAUUCUAAGGUUUUGGAGAAUAUAUGUUUUUAUAUUUGU